AUGGACAAGUGUGAUCUCGGCGAGGCCGACUGGGAGGUGGUUGGGAAGAGCCCAGCGAGACGCUUACUCAUUCAGUUCAGCGGGGAUGCCAACGCAUCCGCGCGGAAGGUCAGAGCCUUCUACAGCAAGCUCAAUGGGCCCGACGGUGAAUGGGUCAACACAGAAGUUCACAGUAUCCAUGGCCAGUCAACAAGACUCUUCCUCGGCCUGGGCCGCUCGGGGACAACGGCGCGAAGGGAGUUCCAGACCAAGAAGCUUGCCCGAUUGUGCAAAGCACAGGAUGCCACGAAGUGGCGGCGAAGUGACCGACAGCAGGGCAUCAUAUACUGCAACGACAUGCCAGUCCUUUCCAUUUUGGUCGGCUCCGCACAGGACGAGCCCACCCGUCUGCGCCUCAAUUGCAACGGUUGCCUUCAGCACGGCAUCAAUCGAGAGGAGAUCCGCGUGCAGUUCGAGCAAUUCUUCCAGACCUCGAAGAAAGUGGUCGCGUUCAUGUUGCAGGUGCUGAACUCCAUGGCCGCGCUCGCCUUGCAGGAGGCCCAUAGCUCAGAAGCGGAGCUCAGCCAUGACAUUCACCUAGCGCGCAGGGAAGCGGCCUGCUUCGCCUCCAUCCCCAAUCGCGGCGCUGGUGGGGUUGCGCCACUCUUGCCCGGGAUCUCGCCGGCCGACGCUGCUGACCCUGAUCAAUUCCGCCACUCGGAGCCCAUCCCUGGUCGCGCCCAACGCCUACAAAUCAAAUCAGACGUCUCAAAGGCUGCAGCGGGCACGCUUCCUAGCAUGAUCGCGAUCUACAACGCCCGCAACUUCCAGCUUACCGCGGGCCAGGUCCAACACGCAAGGGGCGCGAUUCGUGCCGAGCUCAGCACUGCUGAACAACAACCAGAGAGGAUCGCCGCGCUCGUCAUGGGUGACUUCAACUUCAUGGACGAGGCCCCGCUAGAGCUGACGGCACCGCUGGUGGGCCCCGAGCUACCAUCGCACUACGCCGAGCAGUCGCAGCAGUGCACCGGGAUUGACAAAAUCUACAUCAGCUCGCCGCUGUGGCCCCUGAUCCAGUGGUGCGCGGAGGGCAGCGAGCGGCAGCCAAUCCCGCAGUGCAUCUUCGAGAGCCCCCUCUUCACCAAAUGCUUCGACCUGCUGAGAGAGGCGGCCAACGUGGACAACUACCCACCCUUCAUUCGCCUCAAGGAAUGCAAGCGCCUCAUCCGCGAAGCAGCCAGGCUGACGCACAACGACAUGACGGACGCGCGCGCCCCAUGCUCGGCGGCUGCUCUGAUGACGUGCAGAGCGAUCUCGAGGGCCGCGUGGAGGAAUGACUGGAAGAGCGCACGCACGUUGCAUGCUCGAACUAAGCUCGGAGCGAAGUUCCUGGACAUUUCAGACAGCAACAACAUCGCGCUGAUCGAGCCUGGGACCUUUCGUCGUACAUUCGAGAUGCACCAGCAGGAGUGCCUGGAUCAGCGCUCGGAGGCGCUUCAGCAGGAGGAGCAAGCGAGGGAGACCCACCCCCGCCAGAGACAACGCCUCCGCAAGAUGCAGAGGGCGAUCCAGAGGCGCGGCAAGCUCUGGGCCCCCACUGGUAAGGUGCUGAAGCUCAAGGCCAUAGAGGUCCUUCACGACCACAGCACCGCUGAGAAGCCUGAGGACAUGAUCUCCGAGCUUCGACGCCAGUGGCCUCCUGUAUUCCAGGCGAAGCCGAGCCGCGACAAGCACGUCAGGCGCUACCUGGACAAGCACAUCAUUCCUUACGACUGCUCCCAGAUGGACAUUCCGACGCUGGGCAAAAUGCGGAACCUCAUUCGCAGGCUCAACAAUUCGGUCGCGAUCGAGACAAUGAAAGGCUUGCCCGUGCCGUUGGACUCCAACGACUCGCUCAUGAUUUUCACUCCGAAGGGGCCGGAACCAGAUGAUAGAAUCUCAGCCACCAGACUUGCCAAGGCCACGAGACCCCUCUCGCUAAAGAACACGGGCUGCAAGAUCGUCGCUGCCAUGGUCAACGAGAUGAUGAAGCCUAUCGUUGCGGAAGGGGCCCACGGGGCGCAGAAGGGCUUCCUGCCGAAGCGGCGAUUCAUCGAACAUGUGGUGGCUAUGGGCGCGCAGUCCCGCAUCGCUGCCAUGCAUGAUGACUUGACAAACAAAGACCCGCUGAUGGUCCUAUACGACUUCGGUGAUGCCUUUCCUUCGACGUGCAGAACAUGGCUCAACAUAGCGCUGGAGAAAGCGGACUUCCCCGAGGGCGUCCGCAACAUGAUUGAGGCGGUCUACCUCCUACCUGUUGCCUUCGCCAACCUUGCGGGCGCCAUCGAGUACUUCUGUGCCCUCACCUCGGGCAUUCUUCAGGGGUGCCCUUGGUCGGGCACGCUGUGUGCGGCGGGCGUGGGCCCGCUGAUCAGGGACUUGCACUCGAGGGCGGCGCGCUUCAAGGGCGCG